GAGCAUAGUUGGAAUCGAACAUACAUAUUUACUUUCCUUCUCAGAGACAAUAUACCCUUACUUCGAACAAUCUACCUACCUACCUACCUACCUACCUAUAUAUAUACCUUGGGAUGAUAGUAACUAUGGCUGUGACACCCAGAACAAACUUCACCCGGGAACACUACACGAUCGGAUGGAUCUGUAUGUUAGAAGUCGAGUUCAUAGCUGCCCUGAGCAUGCUGGACGAACAACACGGGCCUUUACCAGUCAGCACCAAUGACCGCACCGACUACGUUCCCGGCCGGAUUGGCCCUCACAAUGUCGUUAUUGUGCCUUUGCAGGGUGCCGGAAAUGCCCUCGCAGCCGGGGCCAUGGCAAAGAUGCGAAUGACAUUCCCGAACAUUACGAGCGUGCUUUUAGUCGGAAUUGGAGGCGGCGUGCCGGUCGAGACCGAUGCUGGGAUGAUCAGGCUGGGCGACGUGGUUGUGGGCGAGCCGUCCGGGAGAUAUCCCGGCGUGGUCCAAUACGAUCAUGGCAAGCUCGAAGCUGGAGAGUUCCAGCACACCGGGUUUCUGGCGCCGCCUCCGGAGAGGCUUCUUGUCGCGGCCAGGGAGCUGGAUGCGAGACGAGCGACGAUGCCAACCGACCCGAUACUUGAACAUCUCAGACGCAUGGUGGACAGCACAGUCGACGGCCCGAGCAUGUUGUCCAGGUACCCGGGCUUGGAAAAGGACCAUCUGUAUAGCCCGGGGUAUGUCCACCAGGGAGCCAGGGUUCCCUGCGACCAGUCUGGGUGUAGUCCGUUGCAAAGGGUGCAGCGCCCGACAGAUGCUGCAGGGGACCGCGAGCGAUCUCCAGUUGUUCAUCGAGGAAACAUCGCCUCUGCUGAGAGAGUGAUGAAAAGCGGGCUGAGGAGGGACCAGAUCGCCGAGCAGUACGACAUCAUUUGCUUUGAAAUGGAGGCCGCCGGCGUGUUGGCCGACUGGCCCUGUCUUGUUAUUCGUGGCAUCUCCGACUAUUCCGAUUCGCACAAGAACGACGACUGGCAGCCCUAUGCUGCCGCCACAGCAGCUGCGUAUGCGAGGCAACUUUGCUUCCAUAUCCCAUCAACAUAUCCUGUUGUUGUUGAGCAACAAACAACAAUACUGUAUCAGGGCGAAAUGGUUGUCUAGGCACCUUUUUAGCUGAACGGGUACAGUUGACAUAUCCUGUUGGAGUGCACUGAAUCUUGUCAUUGGAGUAAUUUCCUUUUUAUGUCGGGUCAUUUCAGGAGAAGGGGUAGGGUGUCCGCAGUCAGAAAGAUAGAUGUGGGUGUUUUGUAGGUAGCUUGGUAUAUAUCAAUCACUCAAGAUUCCCAACAUUCUAACGGAACAAGUUC